CGGAAAGUUGCGAUUAAAAGACACAACUGUUAAGAAUAUAAAAGACAUUUCUUUAAGUUUAAUUUAAUUGUUUUUAAUUGUUUUUAAUUGUUUUUUAAUUUAUAUUUUUUUAUCGCUAAGUUGUUCGUUUUCAUGUCGCUAGAUUCAACCCAAAUCUUCUUGACCAAUAUUAUCCACUCACUGGUAUCAUCCAAAACACAAUGACUUCCAAAACACAACGACCAAUACUCAUUCACUCAACAGAAAAUUCAAAGAAGAACCCGUAAGCACUUUUCUAUGUAACUUCACAAAAGGUAAACGCCAAAAUAAGUAAUUCGAACCCACGGCGGGGUUAGCCCUUCAUUAUCAAGGAGACGACUCCAAGUCAAUCACUGAGUGCACAUGAGGAUUAUUAAAUAGCCAGAACUUGGAUAGCUUUAUCUAACACCAAGAGAGAAAGAUAAGAGAGAGGGAGUGAGAGUAAGUAAGAAUGGGUUUUGCAGAGAAGAAUCUUUAUGAUUUUCGUUUUCUUUUGUUCAUUUCCAUUAUUUUGAGCUGUUCCAUUUCAGCUUCUGCAACUAUCGCAGAAGCAAAUGCUCUUCUGAAAUGGAAAUCCACUUUCACGAACUCAUCAAAACUGUCUUCAUGGGUCCAUGAUGCAAACACCAAUACUAGCUUUUCCUGCACCAGUUGGUAUGGUGUUUCUUGCAACUCACGAGGGAGUAUCGAAGAGUUAAACCUCACUAACACUGGUAUAGAAGGUACUUUCCAAGAUUUCCCCUUCAUUUCUCUCUCAAACCUUGCUUACGUAGAUCUUAGCAUGAACCUUUUAUCUGGAACCAUCCCUCCUCAAUUCGGAAACCUCUCUAAACUCAUCUACUUUGACCUCUCCACAAAUCACUUAACCGGAGAAAUCUCUCCUUCCUUAGGAAAUCUCAAGAACUUGACGGUACUUUAUCUUCACCAAAACUAUCUAACUAGUGUCAUUCCCUCGGAACUAGGCAACAUGGAAUCCAUGACAGAUUUAGCGCUAAGUCAGAACAAACUUACCGGUUCAAUUCCUUCUUCCUUAGGAAAUCUCAAGAACUUGAUGGUUCUUUAUCUUUACGAGAACUAUCUAACUGGUGUCAUUCCCCCGGAACUAGGUAACAUGGAAUCCAUGACAGAUUUAGCUUUAAGUCAGAACAAACUUACCGGUUCAAUUCCUUCUACCUUAGGAAAUCUCAAGAACUUGAUGGUUCUUUAUCUUUACGAGAACUAUCUAACUGGUGUCAUUCCCCCAGAAAUAGGCAACAUGGAAUCCAUGACAAAUUUAGCGCUAAGUCAGAACAAACUUACUGGUUCAAUUCCUUCUUCCUUAGGUAAUCUCAAGAACUUGACGCUUCUUUCUCUUUUCCAGAACUAUCUAACUGGUGGCAUUCCCCCGAAACUAGGCAACAUAGAAUCCAUGAUCGAUUUAGAGUUGAGUAACAACAAACUUACCGGUUCAAUUCCUUCUUCCUUAGGAAAUCUCAAGAAUUUGACUAUUCUUUAUCUUUACGAGAACUAUUUAACUGGUGUCAUUCCCCCGGAACUAGGCAACAUGGAAUCGAUGAUUGAUUUACAGUUGAAUAACAACAAACUUACCGGUUCAAUUCCUUCUUCCUUCGGAAAUCUCAAGAACUUGACGUAUCUUUAUCUUUACCUGAAUUAUUUAACUGGUGUCAUUCCCCAGGAGCUAGGCAACAUGGAAUCCAUGAUCAAUUUAGAUUUAAGUCAGAACAAACUUACAGGUUCUGUUCCUGAUUCCUUUGGUAACUUUACCAAGCUGGAAAGUUUGUACCUUCGUGUUAACCACCUCUCUGGUGCGAUCCCGCCAGGAGUAGCAAACUCUUCACAUCUAACUACCUUGAUACUUGACACCAACAACUUCACUGGUUUCUUUCCUGAAACUGUUUGCAAAGGUAGGAAGCUUCAAAAUAUCUCAUUGGAUUACAAUCACCUCGAAGGUCCUAUCCCGAAAAGCUUGAGAGAUUGCAAGAGCCUGAUCAGAGCAAGAUUUCUAGGAAACAAAUUCACUGGCGAUAUUUUUGAAGCUUUUGGGAUUUACCCAGACCUUAACUUCAUUGAUUUCAGCCACAACAAAUUCCACGGUGAGAUUUCUAGCAACUGGGAGAAGAGUCCAAAGCUAGGUGCCUUGAUCAUGUCAAACAACAACAUCACGGGUGCUAUCCCAACAGAGAUUUGGAACAUGACACAACUAGUUGAGCUGGAUCUAUCUACCAACAACCUCUUUGGUGAACUUCCAGAAGCAAUUGGAAAUCUCACGAAUUUGUCGAGGCUACGACUUAAUGGGAAUCAGUUAUCUGGAAGAGUUCCUGCAGGUUUAAGUUUCUUAACCAAUCUUGAGUCUCUUGACUUAUCCUCAAACAAUUUCAGCUCAGAGAUCCCACAAACCUUUGACUCCUUUUUAAAGCUUCAUGACAUGAACCUGAGCAGAAACAAAUUCGACGGAAGCAUUCCCCGACUAUCAAAGCUGACUCAGUUAACGCAACUUGAUCUCAGCCACAACCAGCUCGACGGAGAAAUCCCAUCACAACUAAGCUCCCUGCAAAGCCUCGACAAGCUCGACCUCUCACACAACAAUCUCUCAGGUCUCAUUCCAACAACUUUCGAGGGCAUGAUAGCGCUGACGAACGUCGAUAUAUCAAACAAUAAACUCGAAGGUCCGCUUCCAGAUACUCCAACGUUUCGAAAAGCAACAGCAGAUGCAUUGGAGGAAAACAUAGGCUUAUGCAGUAAUAUUCCUAAACAAAGAUUGAAACCAUGCCGUGAGUUGAAGAAACCGAAGAAAAAUGGCAACCUUGUUGUGUGGAUAUUAGUGCCAAUCCUAGGAGUACUCGUCAUUCUCUCUAUAUGUGCAAACACAUUCACCUACUGCAUUCGGAAACGAAAACUACAAAAUGGAAGAAACACAGAUCCUGAAACAGGAGAGAAUAUGUCCAUAUUCAGCGUUGAUGGCAAAUUCAAAUACCAAGAUAUCAUCGAAUCAACAAACGAAUUCGAUCCAACACACCUCAUCGGAACCGGAGGAUACAGCAAAGUCUACAGAGCAAACCUCCAAGAUACAAUCAUAGCCGUUAAACGACUACAUGACACAAUAGACGAAGAGAUAUCAAAGCCAGUUGUGAAGCAAGAGUUCCUAAACGAGGUAAAAGCAUUAACAGAGAUCCGUCACCGCAACGUUGUGAAGCUCUUCGGCUUCUGCUCCCACCGCCGCCACACAUUUCUGAUCUACGAGUACAUGGAAAAAGGAAGUUUAAACAAACUCUUAGCCAACGACGAAGAAGCUAAGCGACUCACUUGGACCAAAAGGAUCAACGUCGUGAAAGGUGUGGCUCACGCUUUAUCGUAUAUGCACCAUGACCGAAUAACACCGAUCGUUCACCGUGAUAUUAGCAGCGGAAACAUCCUUCUCGAUAACGAUUACACAGCUAAGAUCUCCGAUUUUGGUACAGCAAAACUUCUAAAGACGGAUUCAUCAAACUGGUCCGCCGUUGCUGGAACCUACGGCUACGUUGCACCAGAGUUUGCUUACACGAUGAAGGUGACGGAGAAAUGCGAUGUGUAUAGCUUCGGGGUUUUGAUACUCGAAUUGAUAAUUGGGAAACAUCCGGGAGAUUUGGUAUCGAGUUUGUCUUCGUCUCCAGGAGAAGCUCUGUCGCUAAGAAGCAUUUCCGAUGAACGUGUAUUAGAACCACGGGGACAAAAUAGAGAGAAGCUCUUGAAGAUGGUGGAAAUGGCUUUAUUGUGUUUACAAGCAAAUCCAGAAUCUCGGCCAACGAUGUUGUCAAUCUCCACUACAUUUUCUUAGAAACUGAACUUCUCCAUCAAUUUCUAUGUUAUCAUUGUGUUUAUCUAUACAGCAACAGUAAUCUCUGUUGGCUUUUGUUCUCUGUUCUUGCUUGUGUUUGCAGGAAGGGGUGUCGACUCUCGUUUCAGCUUUUGUUGUUGUUGUUUGGGCUUCUCGGCCUGCUUCAGCUUUUGUAUGUAUUGGGCUGCGCCCUUGUUGGUCUUUGGGCCUUGUUUGUUUUUAUCUUUGCGGCUUGCGUGCCAUGUUAGGCCUUUUGGUCUUGUAAUGUGUUUGGUUAAUGGAAAUCUAUGAAGUU